AGAUCAAUCUGCCAAGAAAGACCUCUUUUACUUGAGCAGCGACGGACUUUUUCAGCGUCGCUUCAACGACUUCGGAAGAAAUUAUACGACUUACCAUUUAUUAAAUGAACAUAAGUGGCUACCAGAGGAGUUUUUUUUUCCACCGACUUCAACAAGCUUUCAGUUUAGUCAAUUUGGCAGAACUCUUAUCACUGAGUCUGUGUGCUAGCUUAAGUUGCUAGCCCUGUGUUUAGACGUUAGCCAGCCAUUUCAUUUGUCCCGAGAUGUUGCGGGGUAACUAGCUGGCACAGAGGCAGCAAACCUGCCCGCAUCCGACAUGUUUUUGCAAGUUAUCACCGACUGUAAGACCGAGGACCUUUGGACUUCAGAGAAACGCAGCCCUCUCACAGAGUCUGUCCGUCACUACUAUGGCCAAACAACAAAAACAGCUGCUACGUUGAUGUGAAAAAAGUCAAGUGGGACGACGUCGACUAUGAGGAGGGCAGACCAGCAGGAUAGAGUCUUGUCCACAAGCGAAGACUCCCUCCCUUGCCUACAGAGCUCCAAAACUGACCCUCCGUCCCUGAUCCGGACCCGGCCCCUCAGUGAUAUAUACGAUUUGCAGAGUCAAGCUGAGAGGAGCGCAGUCCCUUGCGUGCUGUCUGGGUGUGUUGCCCAGGUGCAGCCGAUGACCUUAGGUCUUCACUCUGAAGAGAAAAAGUUAAAUGGUAUCAACUCCUCUGCAUGGUCCAGUCCUGUUAUAGGUCAAUUAGAGGGAAAGCCCUACUCCUCAAGGAUUAUGAGGCUGUUUUCUAACUCAAGGAAGGGUCCUGUUCCUGGCCAAAGUCUAGCUACUGACAGCCCUUCUUCAGUCUGUGGCACCCAUGGCACCGGCGGUCCCCAGGGUUGGCCAGGUCUGUCAGGCCUGGGUGUUGUGGACUCCUUCAAAAAGCUCCGCUCCUCUGUGCUCCAGGGUAUCCAGAACAGAGGGGCAACCAAUUACGAUGAAGAGAGUACCUCUUCAGCCAAUCAGGAAGCAGCUAAUGGCAUGUUCAUGACUAACACAGGUCUUGGGUCUGGUGAUGAAGCCAACCGUUUAAAUUGUGCAGAAGGAUACAGUGUAUCUAAUGGAGAUGUUAUUGGCCAAAAGUUGGCCGCAAUGAGGCAGUAUAGCUCAGACUAUGAAGACUUUGAGGAUGAUGAUGAUGAUGGAGGAGAAGGUCUCCAGAGGAACUCACGGUUCUCAAGGAGCAUCAGAAGAGCAUACGGAAUAGGACGCAUCUCUUUACUUGACACAGGGCAGGAGAGACCCGGAGGAAGAAGCACAAAUCAAGUUGUGGACACUCAGAAACCAGUUCUGGGAUCAGAGUCCAAGAUCGACAGUGAUACAGCUGACAUGAAUUUGAACUCGAAUGUGAAGGUGCUGAGCAGACUGAGCAAAAGCGCAGAGAGCCUUCACAUGUUCAAGACCCCUUUUAGACGCAAAGCCCCAUCUCCUGGUCCUCCCUCACCCCAGCCAGACUCCCCGACGACUCGCAGGUCAAAUGGGAUACCAGGCAUUCAGAGGACAGCCAGCGGCUCGUCCGUGGACCUUCAGGCCCAUAGCGCGCGUCGCUGGAAGAGCCCCCUGAAGGCCACAGGUCACAUGCUGAAGCUAGUAGGCAGCAUGAAUGACCUGACUACCCAGCGCAGACAAAGUCCCUCUCCCAGCCCUUCCCCUACCUCUCCCCUGUCACCCCUUAGCCGUCUCCAUGACGAUUACUCCCGCCGCUUGCCUUGCUUGCCAGCCAGUGAGCGACAGCGCCGGCCCUCACCCGCCAGAGCCUGUGUUAGUGGAGGUAGGACAGACAGAAUGCAGGUUGAGCACACCCCAGUGGUUCACCCACAGCCUGAAUCUGAAGUGAACCAAGUUGAACAUGAGGUUCUGAUCAGCCCAGUCUCCCUGGAGUCCUCAGACAGGACAGAACACAGUUUACCUGCUAUCUUCUCUCAUUCUGAUUCACUCGCCGCAACCACCUCGGAUAGUAAUGCACUGAGAGCAGGAUGUAAUUCACCUCCACUCAACCAAAGCGAGCCUUCAGAAAGCCAAGAACAGAUCAUCUCUCUACCAAACGAGGAUACAUCGGACCAGCAGGAGCGAGAUGAACUUCUUCAGACAAAGGAAGCCUCUCCAACAGCAAGCAGCACCCCUCCUCUCUCACCAGCUUGCCUCUCAGAGUCACCCACAUCACCCACGGUUUCCACCUCUUCUGAAACCUCUUCUAUCCACCCCAGGCGAAGGUCAGGGCGGGCAAGACCUCGGCCCAUCUCUGACUAUGGGCAGCUUAUUUCCAGAAAAUACUCCAUCCCGGAGGAAGAGGCAGAACUGCAUCCUGAGGAUAGGACUACCAAUGGAGCAUCUUGUAAAAACUAUAGUAGUAAAGGCAGAUGCGAGGUCGAAGACAGUCCUGAGAACUGCAACAUGAAUGGGGACAUGCAGAGCAGGAGGCAUCGGCCUAUCUCCAUGAUAGGAGACUUGUCAAGCCUGUUCUCUGCUCAUUCUGAGGACAAGGAGGACAUCCCUCCCUCUCCACUGUCGCGGCCGCCAAUCCCUUCCCACCAGGUGCCCCCCUACAGAGGAGUGUCUGCCAGGUUUCGCCCCUCCGCCCUCUCCCAGAGUACCCCCAUCGGACUUGACCGCCUGGGACACCGCAAGCUCCACAGAGUGCUGAGCGAUGGGGUGUCGGAGUGCUCAGCAACACUUGAUGACAGCGUGAGUGAGGAGGAGGGUAGCUUUGAUGAGCUCACUGAUGUCACACCCUACCUGCAGCCAGGGGUGGAGCUCACAGUGCUCAAUGAGUGGAUAAGCUCUGGUCACACGGUGUAUGCUGAGGCGCUCUGGGACCAUGUGACUAUGGAGGAGCAAGAGCUGGCCUUCAAAGCUGGGGAUGUGAUCCGCGUCCUGGAUGCCUCACAUAAGGACUGGUGGUGGGGCCGGGGGGCCGACAGGGAGGCCUGGUUCCCCUCCAGCUUUGUGAGGGUGCGGGUGAACCAGGAGGACUCAGGUGGGGAAAGUGUGGAAAGUGUGGUGGACCAGGAAGAUCCAGCUCCCAGGGACACACCCAGCACCCAGCACAGGGAGCAGAUGAGAACCAAUGUGGUGCAAGAGAUCAUGAAUACUGAGCGUAUCUACAUCAAGCACCUCAAAGACAUCUGUGAGGGUUACAUCCGCCAGUGCCGCAAACACCCAAACAUGUUCACUGAGCCACAGUUGAAGACCAUCUUCAGCAACAUAGAGGAUAUCUACAAGUUUCAGAAGCAGUUUCUCAGAGACAUGGAGAAGAAGUACAACAAAGACCAGCCACACCUCAGUGAAAUAGGUUCUUGCUUUCUGUUGCAGGGGGAGGGCUUCUCUAUCUACUCUGAGUACUGUAACACCCAUCCAGCUGCCUGUGGCGAGCUGCAGCGUCUGAUGAAGGUGGGGCGAUAUAAGCACUUUUUUGAGGCCUGCCGGCUCCUCCAGCAGAUGAUUGACAUUUCCAUCGCUGGUUUCCUGCUCACCCCUGUCCAGAAGAUCUGUAAAUAUCCCCUGCAGCUGGGAGAGCUGCUCAAGUACACCCCCAAGGACCACAGUGACUACAAUGGAGUGAGCAGUGCAUACGAGGCUAUGAAGAAUGUGGCCAGCCUCAUUAAUGAGAGGAAAAGACGGCUAGAGAGCGUCGAUGCCAUUGCUCACUGGCAGGUCGCCAUUCUUCACUGGGAGGGAGCUGACGUGCUGGAGCGCAGCUCGGAGCUGAUCCACUCCGGCGAGCUGACUCGUGUCAUCCGGCAGGGCAAGACACAGCAGCGCAGCUUCUUCCUUUUUGACCACCAGUUGGUGUUCUGCAAAAAAGACGUCCUGCGCAGAGACUUGCUCCACUAUCGGGGACGGCUGGAUAUGGACCAGACUGAGGUGGUGGACCUGCUUGAUGGGCGGGACCCGGAUCUGGGCCUGACCUUGAGGAAUGCUCUGCGCCUACGCCAUGCCUCCACUCUGGAGAGUGUGUGUGUGCUCUGCUGCAGGAAAGCCCAGGACAAGCAGAGGUGGUUACAGGCCUUUGCCAGGGAGAGACGCAGGGUUCAGGAGGAUCAGGAGAUGGGAAUGGAGAUCAGUGAAGAGCAAAGAAAGCAGGCCAUUUUCAAUGCCAGGAAAGCCAAACAAGGGAAAAUGAAAACCAUUGGUUACUCUGGUUCUGUCCCACCUCACCACCAAAACCUGCACCAAAGCCUUCACCCACUUCACCAGCGUCACGUUACCAUUCCAACCAGUGUGCCUCAGCAACAGGUCUUCUCAUUGGCUGAGCCGCCAAAGCGAAAGCCCUCACAGCUGUGGUACACCAUCACCCGCAGCGCCUUUUUCAGGAAAUGAGGCUUUCUCUUUAUGCCAGUGUUUAGAUCACAAGCAAACCGUCCUGAAGACUCAAACACUUUAUUUUAUUUUACGUCCAGAAUCUACCUGUGAAUGUACUGUAUGUGUUUUUGUUUUUUGUGCCUCGUAUGUCUCUUAAUGUAUCUAUUUUUGUUGCAUAUCGAAGUCCAGUGCUUACAAUUUGGGAGGGGCAUCCCAGAAGUGUUAAAAUACUGACUCCCUCCAGUUUGUUGGUGUGUUAAAGAUGCUGCUUACUAGUCCAAGAGACCUCUCCCCCCUCCCUCAUGUCUUAUAAAUUCCACCUGGAAAGUUUUUUUUUAUGUUAAUUAUGACAACGAUGUAUAUUCCGCUUUUAAGUUGAAGUACUUACAUGGUUUUAGUUGAUUUCACAAAGGCUGGACCCUUUUUUUUUUGAGUUAUACUGCAAGUCUGUCAGCUCUGAGCAGAAAUCAGCCAGAGGACAAGCCACCUGACACACUCACCGACCCGGUUAACAUUGUAAAUAAAACUCUUGUACAA